AUGAGACUACCGAUAAAAAGCUCUAGUCAAAGGUAUGGGAUCGUUGUUGAUUCAGGGUCCUCUGGCUCUAGAAUUCAAGUGUAUAAGUGGGAAGAUCAGGAUAUUUUGAAAGAAAACACGAAAGACGGCAAGAUUUUAAGGUCACCUCCCAUAAUUAAACAAGAGCCAGGAUGGACACACAAAAUCUCACCUGGUAUAUCAACGUAUGAUGGAGACAAAGUCAACAAAAUAUGGAAGGAUCAUUUCUCGAAGUUGAUGAAAUUUGCUGAAGGCAUUAUUCCCAAAAGUCAAUAUCAUGAAACCCCUGUAUUUGUAUUAGCGACAGCUGGAAUGCGUUUGUUGGAUAAGGUGCAACAGAAGAAAAUACUUGAAGAAAUAUGUGUAUCGCUACAGACUCAUACCUCUUUUUAUGUGCCUAGUAAUUUUAUUGAAGUUAUUCCUGGGAAAACUGAAGGGAUAUAUGGUUGGCUCGCACUUAAUUAUCUAAUGGGGAAGUUUAAUAACUAUGAUAUAACUAAAAACACACAUGAGUCUAUCGGGUUCAUGGAUAUGGGAGGCGCUUCAACUCAGAUCGCAUUUGUACCGUCAUCGCAAGAUGAGAUCAAGAAGCAUCAUGAUGACUUGUCCAAGGUGACUCUAAGAAGCAUAAAUGGAGAAACCCAAGAAUGGGAUUUGUUCGUAGAAACAUGGUUGGGAUUUGGAGCUAAUGAAGCUCGUAAGAGAUACUUGGCUCAACUAAUCAGUUUGAGUCUUUUGAAUCCAAGUGCUCACAACUUGAUUAACGAUCCUUGUCUUCCAAAAGGAGCUGAGUUAAGUUAUCAACUUGAAGGAAAUGACUAUCGUGUUCUUGGGAUAGGGAAUUACGAGAUGUGUUUAAAAACAAUCUAUCCAUUAUUAUUAAAGAAUAUUCAAUGUAAAGAAGAGCCCUGUUUGUUUAACGGUAUCCAUGCUCCAAAACUUAACUUUUUGAAGGACAAAUUUGUCGGGGUAUCGGAGUACUGGUAUACUGCGAAUGACAUAUUUCAAAGUGGUGGAGAAUAUAAUUUCAAGAGCUUUAAUGAAAAGGUACGUGGCUUUUGUGAAAGCGAAUGGGCGCAGAUUUUAAGUAAUUCUGAAAAAGGACAGUAUUCAAAUUUAGAUCCUGAUAAAUUUUUAAAGGAUGCAUGUUUCAAAGCUAGUUGGGUAAUUAAUGUAUUGCAUGAGGGCCUUGAGCUUCCUAGGCUUGGCUUGGAGGUAUCUAAAGAUGAAGGCGAUGAAGAGAAUAAAGUUGCAGAGAAACUAGACAAAGUACAUAUCCCUUUUAAAUCUGCAAGUUCUGUCAAUGGAGAAGAAUUGUCCUGGACUCUAGGCAGGAUACUAUUAUAUGCUUCAUCUCAAAUUGAUUCUAAUCGAGAUACGGACUUGGAAAUAGGAAUCUAUCCUAGUGAAAUUUCGGAAAUGCCCUUCAUUUCGGGAGGCUCUCAUUUUACCAAUUAUCUUCUGAGCUCUGAUGAGGAAUAUAAUGCAAUGGUUGGAAUAUUUUUACCUGUAUUUCUGUUUUUUCUUAUCCUUGUCUUUUUUUACAAUUUCUCAAAAGGAAACGUCGGCAAAUGGAUUAAGACAGGCUCUCAAUCUCCCUUUUUCCUUUCACCAAGACGUCAAAUAACUACGAUGGUAUCAAAAAUUCCCAUAUUGAAUCAUAUAUCAAACAAAGAUGACGGCUUCAAGGUUCCUUCGAGCGUCAACCUUGAAGGAGUCAAAUUGGAAGAAGGCUUGACCUCAACAAUGACUAAUAAUCAUUCAAUGCCGCAUGCAUCUGUCUUAAGAACCAGGUCAGCUUUGAACUUAGUAGAAGGUGAGGACUCUAGCGAUACGUACCAUCACAAUCCUCAAAAACAAGUGUCAAGAAAUCAAGAAAACUUUUUGAAUCGCCCUUUCGUCCUCCCCAAAAGAAAUUCGUCCGCAAUUUAUCCAAUGCUUGGGGAUAAUAGAAGUAGGGAUUCAUUACAUUCGAGCAAUAGUAAUAUCUCAGCUCAGAAACUGAAAAGUUUCGAUAAGUUAUGA